CAAACCUCUUCUUCUUCGGUUGAGUGGCGCAAAUGCGUUGGAAGUGGUUCUGAUGAUUCCGUGACUAAAUUAACAACCAGUUCAGUUAAAUAUUGCCUCGCGCAAUGUCUCGGUCUGAUUAACGACACCUUGAACAGCAAAAGCUGCAAAUAUACCCCAGAAACUCUGAGUGUUGCUGCUCAAAAAUGCGAAGGCCAAUUCAUUCCAAACUGGAGAUCGGACAAAAAAGUGUUUUGUAAUUUUGACCCGUUUUUCCAAGACGGUUUUGUCAACACAAAACUAAAGAAUCGGUCAAAGUGGAUUGCAGAAUCGAAUUUCUGCACCCACAUUUUGAUGUUUCCAGUUGUUAAAUAUGAUGAAAGCCAGAAAAAGGUUGUAUUAAUGGAGGAUCAAUUCGCAGAAAUGAAGCAACAUCUUAAGACUUUUCAAAAGGCGCGAUUGAAAGUUCUAAUUACCCUAGGAGACUGGUGGAAUGUUUAUCCCUUAACAAUGUCACCAAAGAUGUUUUCAAGCGUUGCCAGAAAUGAAAAUAAUGUUAGAAAUGCAUUUGUAAAAGAAUUGGUUACGAUUGUUAAAAAUUACAAUUUCGACGGUAUCAAUUUUCGGUGGACUCAUCCAGGCAGCCCAUAUGGUGCGCAAGAUGGAUUUUUGCAAGACAAAGUGAAUUUUGUCACAUUGCUGAAGAGUUUCGCAUCGGCUCUAAAGCCCGAUGGCUUGUUGGUCACAUAUGAGUGCACAGCAAUUAAAUCAAUUAUAAACACAGGAAUCGAUAUUCCCAAGGUGGCGGCGGCACUUGAUUAUAUUUUAAUUUAUGCUACGAACUAUCAAACUGGAUCGUACAUUACCACUGGAUUAAUCACGCCAAGCAAAGAAGUGAAAUCCACUUUGGAGAUGUUUAAAAGUCAAGUAGAUGAUCCUGGCAAAAUUAUUUUGGCAUUUAAGCCGGAAGUUGAAGUGCUGACCUUAGCAAAUCCAAAUAAGGAAGCAAAAAUAGGGAGUAAUAUCAUCGGUGAAAAGAAGGAUUUCACUUGCUGGAUUGAGAUCAUGCGGAGGAUUUAUGUGACCGAAAAAAACAACUGGGUGAUAACGAAAGGCACAAAUGAAUCACAAACGUUUGCCUGCAACGGCGACAAAUGGACAUCGUUCGAUGAUAUUAAUGCAAUUAAAUAUCGUAUGGAACUUGUACAAAAACUCCGACUUGGAGGAGUGCAAAUUAUGGCGACUUUUGCUGAUGACAUCUUCAACGAACUAGGAUGUGGUCCUGCGCCUUUCCUGCGGACAAUUAAUGAAAUUCUCAGAGGCUACAACGACUGCAUUCUUCCGUCUUGCCCUUGA